AUGAAUAAGUAUCUAAAGCCAAUGUUAUAUAACUCAAAAAAUUGCAUUCAAGAUAAAGACCCACUAUUAUGCUUAGAUGAUUUGAAUCAAGAAUCAUUAUUAAGAAUAUGGAUAAAAUACUAUGGUAGUGACCCACGCAUUGCCCUUGGAAGAUAUUCUCCUUUGGAAAAAGAAAUCAUGCGUUUAGGUGGUGUGCAUACAACAGCCACAAGAAGGCUUUUGGCUCAGAAAGAGAGAGAGGAAGAGAAGAUGCUGAAGGAGCUCAGGCAGAAAUCAGCAGACUUCCAAAAGGCAAUGGCUCAUAGAAAGGGGUACCCCCUUCUAGACACAGGGGGGAAAAGUGUGGAAAAAACCUGGACCGCUAGAGUGAUUAUUCCAAGAGAAGAUCAUCAAGUGCCAGCUAGAGAGAGGAAAACUAUCAAUCAGCACAUAGAAAGGAUGAAAUUGGGCCGAGGAUUGCAAGACUGGGCACAUGGCAAACAAUUCCAGAGCAGUUCAUUCCUACCAGCUGUGACUCCAGAUUCCAAACCAGCAGAUCAAGAGAGAGAUGAUGGGGAGGAAGCCUCUAAAGCAAACAAGACGGAAAUAAAAAUGAAGGUAAUUUUCAAGGCAGAUGAACCCAAAAAGACCAUCAUAAGCAAUCCCAAUGACAGGCAAACAUUCGACAUAAAGACAAAACUAGAACGCAAGGUAGCAGGGCACACCAAUCGCACACGUUUCCUACCCACGGAUUUCCCUGGUGAUCUGCUUUUCUUAAAUCAAAAUUACAAGUCCACAAGAAUUCAUCUCAGUCACAACAUGAAGUUAUUCCUCUCGAGCAAAGAGGGUCAUUGGAAAAACUGUCUUCAAUAUCCUUUAGAAGAUUCUCCUCUUUCUUAA